AUGUUAUCCAAGUUAUCAAACAUUGUUGGUUGUAUCUCCAUAAUCUCUUCAAUCGCCGGUGCUACACCACUCAAAAAUCACGAUUUUCAUUCAAACUCUUCUCUGGAGUUGAUUGAGUUUGGUGAAUCUGGUGAAUCUGGCUGGGGAAGUCCGGUCUUCCCAUACUUUCACCAGUCUUGUAACGCCACCAAUCAGCGUAUGUUGAGCAGCGGUUUGAAGGAUACUUUGGAAGUGACUGCUGUUGCAAGAGAUAAAUUGCUCGCCAAUGGGACCGACAAAUUUUUCAAGAGAUGGUUCGGUAACAGUUCUGUUUUCACUGUUAUUGGUACCCUAGAAUACGUCAUUGAAAGUGGCAAAUCAGAUGUCUUAUACAGAUGUGAUGAUCCUUCUGGAGACUGUGCCGUUCAUUCCACUGACUGGCCGGGCUAUCAUGUCACGAAUACCACUGGUGAAACUAAUAUAUGUGACCUGUUCUAUCAAACUAAAAAACCUUUGUCUACCAUCUGUUUCGAAGGCGAUAUUGUUGAAUUAGGACCAAAACAUUAUUCCGGUAUCGAUCUGUUCCAUCGUUUCCUCCAUUUGGAUAAUCUGAACGGGAAUGGUUUCAUCUCUGAGUGGACAGAAACUUUACCAGAAGUGUUAUAUUUGGCUGAGAACAAUGCUACUUUUGCGGCUAGAAACACAGACAACUACCUGUACUAUUUGGCAGAUGUUUAUGCAGCCACUGUUAACCCCGGUGGAUGUUUGGGUGAACUUCCAAAAGCUGAGAGACCUUAA